AUGAGGCUUGCCAUUGAGAAGGUAUUAUCUGGUACAAGGCAUCGUUUGUGCAUGUGGCAUAUUAUGAGCAAGUUGUUUGAGAAGAUACCUAAAUCUAUUUCUGAUAGAGAAAAGUUUAGUAAGGAGUUUAAGUCUUGUGUUUGGUCAGAGUUGUUAGAUCCGGAUGAGUUUGAUAUAUUAUGGACUAGUAUUGUUGAAAACUAUGGUGUAGAAGAUCAUAAAUGGUUUAAGAAUAUGUUUGCUAUUAAACAUAUGUGGAUCCCAGCCUUCUUUAGAGAUGCUCCUAUGGGUUCUUUAAUGAGAACAACAUCUUUUUCAAAAUCUGAAAACAGUUUUUUUAAGAGGUGUGGUUAUCUAUGCAACCACCUUUUCUUCAUCCUCAUAAACAAAGAUGUCAACAAUAUUCCAGAGAAAUAUGUUGGUAACCGUUGGCUUAAAAGUGAAUUACUAAAGGCAGUUCAUGGUCUCACGAGUGAUGAAAGUGCGUCUGACAGAGGUUCUAACAAAGAUGACAAACUACAGAUUGCUAACAGGUGUCAUGGACGUUACUUUGGUCUAUAUCAACGUGCUUUUAGGAAUAAAGAUCAUUUGAUUGCUUUGGAUAAUUUGCUUGCGGGUAUUGGUCCUCAAAUCUUUAAAGAUGACUGUGCUGGAUCGUCGUCUGUUGAUAAAAAUGAUUCAAUCAUGAACAUAUAUGAUAUUGUUGUACCUGAAGAAAUAACUGCACAUGCUCCAGAUGUGGUUAGUACAAAAGGGGGUGCAAGUGACAAGAAAAGCAGGAUUAAGUCAAGCAUAGAGAAAGCAAUUGAAAAAGCAAAUAAACCUCAUAGGCGUUGUGGAAAGUGUCACAAAGUUACCGAUCAUAAUGCUAGAAGUUGUGGCAGAAAGCAGACAUGA